AUGCAGGCAGUCCUGACGGCCCUGGGAUCGCUCUCAAGUGGCAUUUCUGCGACUUCAAACAUUCCUGGAGCUUCUUCCUACGUUGCUCCCGCGGGGUUUCCGACCGCGGCGUUCUCUUCGUACUAUUAUCUGCCUUCAAAACCCACCCAGCAGCCCCAGCCAGUCAUUCAUGACCCUGUCUUGAAUAUUACCUUUCCUUAUAAUCUGACAGACCCAAAGAAUAUUCCAGCUAAGUCAGGGGACCCAGUAUUCUUCCCAGAGCCGUUAUCAAAUCUAUCUACUACCCAGAAAAAUGCAUUGAUUCAAGGCGUGGUUGCCAAUGUGACCGCCAUCAUCAGCGGCAAUGCAGCCAACAAUUGUACCAAAUGCAAGACAGCUUUGGCUGCUGCCAAACCUGCCUCUCUGAAUGCCCCUGCAUUGAUACCGGAUGCUAUGAUCUCACUUUGCAAACAGUAUGAGUUCAAAUCCAAUGCAUCAUGUGAGGAAAACUAUGCAGCAUCGACAUUUGGUGCUAUCUGGACACAAGUCCUGGCAUAUGCGGAUGUCCAGGGUCUCGACGGUGAUUAUAUAUGCAAUUCGCUAGAUAGUUCUUUCUGUAGCGAACCAGCUACAAGCCCCCUUGAUACGACGAAUCUGUUCCCCAAGCCAAAGCCGGAAAAUGCGCGUGCGCCCCAGGCCAGUGGUGAGCGGGUGAAGGUGCUGCACUUAUCGGACUUUCAUUUGGACGCGCGGUACUCGGUGAAAUCAGAAGCAAACUGUUCAUCUGGCAUGUGCUGUCGUAGCAAUUCAUACAAUUCUGCUUCGGAAGAUCAGAUUGUUCUUCCCGCCCCUGCAUAUGGAUCUUUCAGAUGCGACGCGCCAUAUGACCUAGCUCUGGCUGCAUUGGAGGCAGUCGGACCGUUGACUGGAACCGGUGAUGGCAAGGAUUCUUUUGCCUGGACGGUAUAUACUGGAGAUUUGGUCUCUCACGACCCGGCGACGGAGCAGUCUCAGGCGUAUACCGAGUAUGAGGAGACUAGCGUGUAUGGGAUGCUCAAGUCCUACCUUACCGGCCCUGUUUUCGCGGUCUUGGGCAAUCACGACAGCACUCCGGCAAAUAUUGAUUCGCCGCACAGUCUGCCAGGGCGCCUUGGAGAGCAACAAAGCUGGAACUAUGAGCAUCUUGCCGGGCUCUGGUUGCAUGAGGGAUGGCUCGAUGAGGAUGCCGCUGCUGAUGCACGAACACACUAUAGUGGCUACUCGAUCAAGACUCAUUAUGGACUGCGCAUCAUUGCUUUCAACACUGAUUUCUGGUAUAAGCCUAAUUACCUAAACUUUAUCAACACUACGAAUCCAGACAACUCUGGCAUGCUCUCCUGGAUGAUAUCUGAACUCCAAAAAGCAGAAGAUGCUGGCGAACGUGUUUGGAUCAUCGGCCAUGUUCUCAGUGGAUGGGAUGGUUCUAAUCCACUUCCCAACCCGACUAAUCUUUUCUACCAGAUUGUGGACCGCUACUCACCACACGUUAUCGCCAAUGUCCUCUUCGGCCAUUCACACGAAGACCAGUUUAUGAUUUACUAUGCCAAUAAUGGUACCGUACAAGAUAGAAAUACGGCCCUGAUGACGGGCUGGAUCGGGCCCAGUGUGACUCCCCUGACGAACCUGAACAGUGGGUUCCGGAUGUAUGAAGUCGACACGGGCGACUUCAACAUCUACGAAGCGUACACCUUCUUCAGUAACGUGUCUGACUAUCCCUCUCUGAGUGAAACGGGUCCGACGUACAGUUUCGAAUAUUCUACGCGUGAAACAUAUGGUUCCGCAGCUGGAUGGGAUGCACAGGACCCGUUGAAUGCAACAUUCUGGCAUCGUGUAACUGAGGGAAUGGAGGCGGACCUUAGCCUUGCGACUUUACACAACAAGCUUCAAGGAAGAUUAAGUGACAAAAGUCCGAAUUGUACAACCGCCGAGUGUCAGCACGCGAAGAUUUGCUAUAUGAGGAGUGGGAGUGUUGCGCUUGGCAGUCAAUGCACGCAAGGGUAUGGGUCUGUACAGAGUUCGUUUGGUUAA